GGUAGCGGUGUCAGCGUAGGAGAGCCGCGCUACAAACCGUACAAGUGUCCGCAUUGCCUCAAGACCUACUCCUCCAAGUCCAAUCUCAACACACACGUGCGGGACCUGCACGCCGCCGUCCCCCAGGUGUUCGUGUGUCCGUACUGCAAAAAGCGAUAUUCUUCCAAGAACUCCCUGCGCUACCACAUCACCAUGUACCACCGCGAGGAGAAGAACCGCGACCAGGCCUUGCAGCACGCCAUUGCCACCGCGCAGCCCCUCUCCCCCGCCCCCCACCCGCCCCAACCCCAACCACAGCCUCCACAGCACACACUCCACCACACACAGCCACAUAUACAGACUUACAGCGACCUGGAUCUGGGUCUGUUGGAGGAUCCCCGCUCGGGCCUCCUUCAGGAAGACGCCGCUGCCCCACACUGACCCCCGCCCUGCAGCGCCGCCCCCGCGCCCGUCACCCGCGUCUGUACCUCUUCACCAGCAGUUAAGUGGGCGGGGAGGGUGUGGUUGGGGGCCUGAGUUUGGGCGGGGACGUGGGCGGCUCCUGGCGGGUGUCUGACGCGAGGUUGUCG